AUGUCAAAUGAUUCUAUAAAAAUAGGUUAUUAUGAUCCAUUUGGAAUUUAUUCCAAAAUUGAAAAUGAAAUUAAACAACAAUUACCUUUAUCAAAUUUACAUAUAAAAUUACAACCAAAUCAACCUUUCAAAACUAUAAAUCAAUUACAAGUACAAUUUGUUGAAGAAGUUCCGAAAACGGGAGACUACAUUAGCAGCAAUGACUUAAAAACAUAUGUUAGAUUGAUGUUUGUUCAAAUUGAUAACGUAGAAAAAUAUAGAGGACAAGUACGACCGUUGAUUAGAGAAUGGUUGAAGAAUUUGGUGUUAAAGACAAAUUGUUCUUGGAUGAUUGUACUAUAUAUACCACAUGAUACGAAAGAUAAAGCUUCUACUUUAAUAAAGACUUCAUUUUUUGAUAAGUUGCAAAAUGACUUUGGACCUGACGGGAAAGUGUUAACAACAAUUUUACCAACUACUCAAAAGUUUAAUGAAGGUAGUGACAAGAUAUUCAAGUUUAAAGAUAAUAAUGUUGAGGAGUUUACUGUCCAAUUGAAAAAUUUAUUAUUAAAUUCAUUUGUCGGUAGGUAUAAUCAAUACAAUGAGUUCAUCAACCAAAGGAAGAGUCAUAAUAUCGAAAGAUUUGUAAAUAAAUUGGAACUAUGUAAUUUGUUUAGAGACAUGGUUUUAUUACAAGAUGCAUUAAAUAUCAACGAGCAAUUAUUUGAAGAUUUGAUUGAGGUUUAUGAACACAAUCAAGAAAAAUUUCUCAAAACUCAAUUGGAUACACUAUCACCACCCGACGUGACCAAAUAUUAUUUUGAACAAUCGAUAAAUGAGGAUGAAGUUAAAUCACAACUUUUAAGUAACGAGAACAUAAGUUAUACACAAAUUCAAACAUUAUUGUUCAUCCACGAAUCGUGGAUAUUACAACAACAAGCAAAAUUAGCAUUAUCUAACUCAUUAGCAUCAAAACAAAUAUCACGACUAUAUAAAAAGUUGAUGUUAUAUCUCAACGAGAGAGGCGGACAUAACUAUGAAAUUGAAUAUUUAAUAGUAGAACAUUAUUUGAAUUUACCAAUCAUCGAGGAAUUAGUUAAGCCAAAUCCAGAAGAUAAUUCAUAUUUAGUUGACAUUUUAGAAAUGAGAGCUGAAUUGAAAUUGUACAAAAGAUCGAUUGUAAGCAAAAUUGCACGUUCUCGAAAUAUUCAAAUAAACGGACUCACGGAUUUGUUUGAAGAAAUAUCUUUAAAUGAUGAUCAACCUACCACAACAACAUUGGAACUAAAAUCAAAAGACCUUGUUGAAAUAACAUCAAGUAAAUCAUCAUACAUCAAAACAUUUCAAGAAUUAACAGAAGAAAUAAUUGAAGACUUAGUCAAAUGUAAUAGAGUUAAAACAAUCGACAUAUUGUCAAUAGAUUUGGCAAUAAUAAAUUAUGAAAUUAAGAAUUUUGAAGAAUGUUUAAAUACAUUGCAGAACUCAUUCGAAUAUUUUAUCGAAAAUGAUUGGAAUUUCUUAGGUGGAAUUUUAUUAGAAAUAUAUUUAGGUUGUAUUGAAAAUUUAAAUGACAAACAAAAUGAUAAAGAAAUAUUAAUUAAUUGUGUUAAUUUAUUGGAAUGUUUAGUUAAAAAUCAAAAUUCAAUUGAUAUAAAUUCUUAUCAAAAAAUCAAAUCUAUCAAACAAAUUCAAAAAAUAUUUGAAAAAAUAGAAACAAAAAGUCGAGAUAUUGAAGAACAGUUAGAAUUUGAUUUAAAUAAUUACUUCAGGACGAAUGUCCUUCCAUUUGCUUUUGCGGAUGAUUCAACAACUAAAGACGUAUACUACAUUGAAGUGGAAAUUCAAAAUCCAUUUGGAGUUCCAAUUUCUAUUUCCUCAAUAAGUUUGAACUUGAUUGAUGAGAGGAAUUCUGAAAUAAAGUUUUACACUGAAGAGAUUCUGCUAUCGUCUUCUCAUGGUUUACAAAAGUUUAAAUUGUUCACGCUGGAUAUUACAUUUGGUUUGUUUUCAUGUCAACAAUUGCAAGUUGCCUUAAAUUCAAAAAUACGGUUCACCAAACUUUUUAAUCAAGAAAAAUUACCUAUACCAGAUCAUUCUAUAUUUGAUGACACCGUUAUAGAGUAUAAUCAAAUCUCAUCAAAUUCAAUCUUACCAAAUAAAACUAGUAGUGAAUUUGACAACAUACUAAUUUAUCAGAAUUUGAAUAAAUUCAGAGCACAAUUUUUCAAUGUUAAACAAUUGAAUCUUGGAAGUAGUGAAAUAUUGUUAGAGUUGAAUAAUUCUAAAAACCUUAUGAAAUCAAUUGAGAUUAAAUUGUUUUCAACUACAAAAGACCUCACUAUUUUUGAUUCGUUAUUAAAAUUCGAUACAAUUGAUUCAGAUGAAACAAAACAAAUCAUAAUACCAUUCAAGGAUAUCCAUGAAACAAAAUUGAUCAAUAUGGGUGCUACAAUAACAUACUUUGUCGAUGAUGAAAAAUACAGUUCAACUAUAUCAUAUAAUGUCGAUACAACUUUAAGCAUAUCUGUUUCAGUUCAAGAUAUUUUCAAAACCAAAUUCAUAUAUUCUAAAUUUCAAGUUGGUACUAUAAAUUCAAAAUUUCCUAUAAAAUUGAUUUCACAAAAUUUAGAAACUGAAGAUUAUGAAGUUUCACUGCCAAAUUCAUCUUCUAAUGAUGAACUGAUUGCAUUUGGUGAACAACCUAUAAUUUUCUUUUAUAAAAUAGUACCGAAAAAAAAUCAUAAGAUCAAUGAGUCUGAUAGGUUUAAACUAACUAUAAAAUAUAUUAAUUUAAAAGAUGAAAGUGAUGAAAUAAUAAACCAGGUAGUACUAGGACGGUUGCAAGAUCUAAAUUUAGAAAGAUAUUGGUAUUUAAUUAAAGAAAUUUUGUUAACCAAGAUAAAGAUUCAUUUAAAUAAUUUUGCAAUUAAUGAUGAGAUAACUGUAUCUAACCUAAUUGAAUUUCAAGAAUUUUCAAACAAAAUUAUAGAAAGAUACAUCCUGGAACUAAUUGAUCAAAACAGAAUCCAGAAUUUACUUGCGACAGUAUUUCAAAAUCCAAUAUUAAAACCUGUUGAGCAAAAUUAUGAUGUCGUCAAUCAGCUAACAAUUAAUGUUGCUGUCCCAAUUCUUCAAUAUUUACAAGUUAUAGAAUACGAAUUUGAUAAAAGAACUUAUGUUGUAGGAGAACCAAUAACUUUAAAAUUGAUAAUAAAGACAUUAACAAAUUGGUCUGAAAAUUCGAAAGAUCAAGUAUUAGGUAGUUCAUCUCCAACUCGUAAUAACAAUGGUUCCAUACCACAACUACCAACAACUGAAGAAUUUCAAAUCAAUAUUCAAAAUGAUGAUAAUUGGUUAGUUUCUGGAUUUAAGAGAAAAUCAUUUAUAUAUACCGGCAUCAAGGAAAAUGAAAAUAUUACGGAUUUAAUUUUAAUACCUUUAAAUGUUGGUAAAUUAAUUUUACCUAAAAUUUCAAUUAAAUUAUUUGAUAAUGUUACUGAUUCAUUUAUUAAUUCUAAUAAUUUGGAUUUAGAAUUUAUAAAUGGUAGUGAAACUAUAUUAGUUGUACCUGAUGUAAAUAAUAUUACUUUUUCUUUUUAA